UCCCAUUCCCAAUCCCAAAAUCCCCAAACCCCUUCUACGAGCAAAAACCCCAUCUUUGUAUCUCUUCAACCUCUCUCUCUCUCUCUCUCCCUCUCUCUCUCUCUCUCUCAUGGAGAGGCUUAUCUCCUCCUCCUCCCUCUCCUCCCGCACCAUUCCCACCCUCCCCAAACCUCGCCUCCUCCAUUUGCGCCCCUCUUUGGGAGCUCGAUUGAGCGUCCCGCUCCUCCCUCGCCAUGGAUUCAAGCCCCUCUCCUCCAAGCAAGAGACCCCGCCGCCUCUUCUUUCGCCUCAUGCUUCCUCUUCGCGCGUUGAAGGGACCAAGGGGAGAGAAACUUACCCGUGUGAGGAAUCGCCUGGGAAAGGAGAAUUGGCCGAGUCGUUCCUCCGAAAGGUUGCAUCUUCUACAGUAACAAUUUUUCUUUCUGCUUUGAUCAUAAUCAUCAUACAACCAAUCCUAGCUCCUGCAGCCUACGCAUCAUUUCAAUCUGUUGCCAAGACAAGCGGAACGCUCGUCCGUACAGAGCUACUAACUAGCGCAUGGACCGGGUUCUUCGCGGGCUGUCUACACACCCUAUCGGGUCCGGACCAUCUCGCUGCCUUGGCUCCCUUAUCCAUCGGUAGAACCCGAAUCGAGAGUGCCGUAGUCGGGGCCCUCUGGGGCUGCGGCCAUGAUGCAGGCCAGGUGAUCUUCGGCCUUUUGUUCCUCCUGCUAAAAGAUCGUCUGCACAUCGAGGUCAUCCGCACAUGGGGGACCCGCGUCGUAGGCUUAACUCUUUUAAUAAUCGGUGCAAUUGGGAUUAGAGAGGCUUCUGAGGUUCCCACUCCAUGCGUCGCCCUAGAAAACGGGGAGUGCGAUGUUAGUAUGAUUGAGCCUUUAGAAACUACACCGAGUGGGAAGAAGAAGAUAGGAUUCGCCACUUUUGCUACGGGGAUUGUGCAUGGGUUGCAGCCGGAUGCGCUUAUGAUGGUCUUGCCAGCACUCGCUCUUCCUUCGCGGUUGGCCGGUGCGGCGUUUCUGGGUAUGUUUCUUGUCGGCACUGUGGUUGCUAUGGGAAGUUAUACUGUUUUUAUUGGAUCAUGUACUCAGGCACUGAAAGAAAGGAUUCCGAGGAUAACGGAAAAGCUGACAUGGGCCGCUUCCCUCAUAGCAAUAUCCAUGGGGCUCGGAAUUCUUGUCAGCCAAUAUUUCGGUUUUAGCCUGUACUAAUCCACUUGCUAUCGUUGUUUCUUAGCAUCGGUAAUUUUUUUCCUCUUAAAAUUAUAAUGUAACUGUAGGAAUCUGUGCCUCACUAAUUUUAUUCAAUUUAGCAACUUUAUUUGCUAAUAACUCUGCUUUUGCUUAUUUCUGUAAUCGCAACUUCGUGCACGUUGAUUCAAUGAGAAAAGGUUUUCAUGUUGAUGAUUAA